GUGCUUUAAAUUAAAAACAACAAAACUGCUCAAGCACCGGGGGCCUGAAGCAGGAAAUCAGCGAUGAGCUGACGUGGACCUUAGUGAGUCAGUUCACAAAUCCUCAUCCCGAGUCGAACUGUCGAAGAGACAAGUUGAGACCUGCUACCGCUCACUGUGGUCGGCGCUCGCCAUCUCGUCCGCUCCCGAGUCCCGCCCUUCACAGCUGCUCCCUCCGGCCCUGCCUGCUUGGCUUCUUGCUGAGUCGCUGGUCUUCGGACUUUCAGAUCUGCCCCUGCGCUGAGAAGGCCUCCAAGUCUUUCGGGAAUCCAUUGGAGGUCUCUGCAUAUCCUCGUUGCAGAGUGUAUUUCUAUGCACAAUUUAUCUCAAGGUUUAGCAUGUUUGUGUUCCAUAUAGUCGGUUAAAAUGGAUGAUGAGGAUAAGACUGAGUUUGGAGGGUUGCUUAAUAUUCUACCGCCAGUUGAAUUCUGCUGCGUUUAUGGCUCCAUUCUUCACCCAAACAAAAAAGAUCAGAAUUCCAUGGUAGAUUACAUUCUUGGUGUAGCUGAUCCUCUACAAUGGCAUACAGAAAAUUUGAAGGUAAACCGUGAUCACUAUGCAUCAUGGCUGGUUCGCUCAGGUGGAAGCAGGCUGAUUAAUUGUAUUGCCAAUAAUAUUGGUGUUGGUGUACACUUCAACCCCUUUGUUUCCUGGAAUAAGAAGAUGUUCAAGUAUGGAGUUGUUCGAGUGCAUGACUUGAUUGAGGAUAUAAAGGGAUGGGAGAGGUUCUACACUAGUGGUCGUUUGCAAAAACCAGUUAAUAUUAUUGUGGAUAAUUUGAAUAUUGAAAAUGUAAACGCAGUAAAUUUGAGAGCCGCUGCAUCUGCAGCUCUCCUUCUUUUACCGGCUGAGUUCAGUGAGGAGGACUUGUAUGCCAAAAUAUGUAGCCUGUCAUACAUGGGUGACUUGCGAAUGUAUUUUGCAGAGGAUAAAAAUAAGGUAAAAAACAUUGUACAAGGACAAUUUCGUUUAUUCCAAAGAGCUUAUAGACCAUUUUUAGAUGAAUUUUCUGCUGAUGGCUUGCUGAGGUUUUCAUUAACAGAUGACAGGAAAGCAAGUAUAGUUCAGGAUUCAGGAUUAUCUGCUGCUGCUGUCUUGGUGUCACACCUUCCUCCGCUUAUUAAAAGCAAAAUAGAGACUAAUCUUGCAGGAAAAAUGAGACAAGGCGCAGGGAUUGGUUCAAAAGUAGAGGCUGUCAAAUGGAUGAGUAGAAUAAUAAGAAGAAAAGUUAUGGUUUCAAGUGGAAGGCAGGCAGUAGCAGGUCUGCUAACUGCUGGUGCUGUUAAUGGCUUCAGAUAUCUGGGAAAUAAGAUCCUCAAGUCUGUCAAAUCUUGAAUAUAGUUAUCAUUUGGCCCACUUCAGCCCCAUACAUUGUAACACCCACCCGAAUCGACCCGGACGGUUCAGUUAACCUGACACUACCCGUCUUGAUUCGGUUGGAUGUUAGCGGAUUCGGAAACUAGAUCAUAACUAAUAGAUAGUAUUUUAAUUUAGCAAAGUAAUAGAGGUGUAGGUAACUAGAAAAUAAUACGAGUUUAGCACCGGACAAUAUCCAAAUUAGUAAAACGAAUGUGGGCUACAAAACAGCCACAUAAGUUUCAUUGUGAAAAUAUUUAUUAAACAUAAUUAAGGAACUAGUGUGAACGCAAGCCAGAUCACUUCUUGC